CUUGCACUCCCUUUAUCCAGACAGCCAGAUGUUACGCCAGACCUGUGAGAAGGAAGAGGAAAGACAUCCCCAGCCAUUUGGAUGAUCUUCCUCCCACAAUGCUGAAGAAAGAUUAUGCCAAUGUCCCAAUAAUAAAUAGCGUUGACGAUGUAGUGAAAAGACUAUUGUCACUGGAAAUGGCAAGCCAGAAGGAGAAGAUGAAAAUAAAGACACAGCAGCUGGUGGAGAAGGUCAGGAGGUCUCCCAACGACAAUGGCUCCUUUGAAGUGCAAGUUGCUAUGUUGACUGCCAAGAUACGCACUUACGAGGAACAUCUUCAGAGGCAUCCCAAGGAUAAAAAUAACCGUCGUCGCAUGCUGAUGGCUGUAGAUCGCCGGAAGAAACUCCUUUCCUAUCUUCGCCGUGUCCGCUAUGACACCUUUGAAAAUACCUGCAAGCAGCUGAAUAUCCAGUACACCCUACCCCCUCCCUACUCCAAGAGGAUAACCAAGCGCUGGGUUGUGAAGAAGGCUUUCUGCCGCAAGGUGUUUCAGGAGGUGCGGAAGCUGAAAGCACCAGAGAGACUGAAGCAGAGAAGGGAGUGGCAAGCAAGAGCGAGAGCUGCGAAGGAGAAGGAGGCGCAGCGCGAGGGGACGGCCGUGUAG